AUGCUCUUCACGACCCUCACCGCCGCCGCCUUGAUGGGCCUGGCCUCGGCGCAGACCGUGCACGUCGUCUCGGUGGGCACGACGGACAAGCAGAACAUCUACAGCCCGAACAACAUCAAGGCGAACCCGGGCGAGAUGAUCCAGUUCCAGUUCCGCGGCGGCAACCACAGCGUCGUGCAGUCCAACUUCGACAACCCGUGCACGCCCAUCUCGCAGCACACCAACAUGACGGGCAUGUUCUCGGGCUACAUGGACGUCGCCUCCAGCGAGGCCAUGGGCGCCAUCCCCACCUACACCAUGAUGGUCACCGUCGCCACGCCCCUGUGGUUCUACUGCUCGCAGGCCAAGCACUGCCAGGCCGGCAUGGUCAUGGUCGUUAACGAGAACCCCGGUGCCAACGCGUCGCGCACCCUGACGCAAUUCCAGGCCUUGGCCGCCGUAGCCCCCGCCAACAUCGACCCCGGCACCGUCACCUCGGGCGCCGGCAGCACAACCUCUGGCGGCAGCAGCACCGGCAGUACUGGCAGCACCGGCAGCAGCGGUACCGCGACCGGAAGCGGUUCUAGCGCCUCGGCCAGCGCCACAACCACCGUCGGAACCGGUGCCGGUUCCGUGCUCGCCGUCUCUAGCUCCAUGGGUCUGCUCAGCGCCGCCGUCGCCGCCCUCCUGCUGCUAUGA